CUUAUAGGAUGAACCCUAACAUGCACCAGUGUGGCACCAACAUGACGUAUCCAUCUCUUUUUGACUAUCCAAUGUCCAACAUUGCCCCACCCCCUGCUCCCCCACCUUUCAUGAACUGCCCACCCAGUAAUGGUGCAAAUGCUUAUAGUUACCAAUGCUGGAAUAACCAGCAAUUUGACCAUCAAGGGCAGCAGAAUUAUUUUCAAGCAAACAUGAUGUCUACGUUUGCCUCAAGUCCUGCCCCACAACAAAACCAACCGUGGAAGCAGAAGCAAAAUUUUGGAAACUCGAAUAAUUUCAACAGAAAGAGAAAAAUAAAAGAUCCGGUUUUCGUAGAUUUUUGUGACGUUUGUGAUCGCGGGUUUAAAAAUGAAGAAAAGAAAUUGGAACAUUACAGUCAGCAUGUGAAGUGCAAAGAGCCCGGUUGCAAAUUUGAAGCUCAUUUUAAACUUGUUGAAAUUCACAGACGCAAUCUUCAUGGUCCAAAUGGAAGAAGGAUCAAGCUAGAAACACCUGAGGAUGUUCAGAAGUGGAGGGAGGAACGGAGGAAGAACUUUCCAACUUCUUCUCGGAUGCAAACCAAAGCUCUGGAAGAGAAAACUCUUGUGGAAUCAGGAGCUGUGUUACAACCAACAUCAUUUGGUAAAUUCAAGUCGCGCAACAACAGAAACCGAAGAAAGGGAAAGGAAUCACCAGAAGCAAAUGCACCUCUUCCUAAAAAGGUUCCUGCUGAAAUUAGUGAUAAUACCACAUUACAAGUUGUAAAAAAUGAAACCGAUCCAAUGAACAUGCUAUUAGAAUCAAAUGGUGAUAAAGAAAAAGACAGUUUAAAAGAAGAUCAAGAAGAAGAUGCCAAGCUCCAACCUACAUCAAUGAUCACGGAAGAGGGAGGAGGAGCACUUAAUCAACUGAUGAUGGAUUAUGGGAGUGACUCGGACACAGAUGCAGGACCAGCAUCAGCAGACACAUCUUCCCAACAAGAUACCGCAGCAAAACCAGAAAUCCCGAAACCUCAAGUGAAUCCACCUUCACCAGUUGGAACUCCAAAUCAAAAUGUGACGAAAAAGCAAAAUCGAUAUAAUCAGAAAAAAAGACCAUUGCCGUCAAAAACUCAUUACAAGUCUCGCUUGUCAAGGCCUUCACUUCUUCGCAUGCUACUCGAGCCUGAAAUACGAGCUGAGAGAAAUGAGAUCCUUCAGUGUGUGCGUUAUAUCGUCAAAAACAAUUUUUUCGAUGAGCAAACAAAUGCAAACUGAUUUUUUUAAUUUUUCGUUUUUUUUAAAACUGCAAUAAACUCCCAUUCAAAU